AUGCUGUCCAAAUACCUUCUGGCUGCCUUGGGUAGCAUCUUGGCUCAGAACACUGCAGUUCACGCAGCGUCAAGCAUUGACUAUCUCUUCACUUUUGGCGACUCAUACUCCCAGACAGGGUUCGACGUCAACGGUCAAAAGCCCUCCGCCGCAAACCCAAUCGGCAACCCCCCGUUCCCCGGAUGGACAGCAGCUGGCGGUGCCAACUGGGUUGGAGAUAUGGUUAAAGAGCAGAACAACUCUCUUGUUCUGUCGUACAAUUUUGCUUAUGGAGGCGCCACUGUCGAUGCUAAUAUCGUCAAGCCCUAUACAAGCACUGUCUUGAGUAUGGUGGAUCAAGUUAACCAAUUCUCCAACUCUGUUGGUAAGCACCCAGCUGGGACCUCAUGGACAGCGCAGAACACCAUUGCAGGAGUCUGGAUCGGCGUUAAUGACGUCGGAAACUCCUUCUAUCUGCAGGACUCAGCUGCUGUGGUUGAGAAGGCUACUACAAGAUACUUUGAGCUGCUGCAGGUCUUGUACAAGGCUGGCUUGCGCAAGUUUGUCCUGCUUAGCGUCCCACCCACGGAGUUGACACCAUUGAUGAUCCAGCAAGGUACUGACUCCAACGCCCUUCUUGUCAAGGCCAUAAAGCUAUACAACAGCAAGUUGGCCUCAAAGCUCAGCGCAUUCAAGCAAGCCAACUCUGGUGUCAAAACUCUCCUUGUCGACACAUCCGUUUCUUUUAAGAAGGCUAUCAACGACCCCAAGAACUACGGUGCUCCUGAUGCAACUUGCUUCAACAACGAUGGAAAGUCAUGCCUGUGGUUCAAUGACUACCACCCGGGGAUUGCUAUUAACAGGCUUGUGGCUGAGCAGGUGGCUAAUGAGCUAGAGUCUAAUGGCUUUGGAUGUGAGCCUUGGCUUAGGGGAUUUGUGAUGAACCACUGCCUCCCACCACUAAUCUCACAUCAAUUUCAUCUUAUGACCAUGUGUUUCCCCAGUGAGCAGAAAGUUGACUUUCAGACUUUCCGGAACGUUAUACACAACCAGUUAAGCUCCACUUCAGAGAUUAGACAUGGCAUCUGCCCUAGUACCGAGGAGCCUCUUUGGGAGUCACCCGUAUCGACCCAAGAUGACGUUGACCGAGCUGUAAGCGCUGCCAAGGCGGCAUAUCCUGGGUGGCGAAAGCUAUCAUGGGAUGAGCGUGCCAGUUACCUUGUCAAAUUCGCAGAUGCUAUCGAAGCACACAAGAAAGAGUUUGUUGAGCUUCUCGGUCGUGAAGCUGGUAAACCGCCCCAGGCUGGUGCUUUUGAGCUUAUGCUUGUUAUGGAGCAUAUUCGAGAGACUCCAAAACUGAGGAUCAGGGAGGAGAAGCCCGAGGACAAUGAAGAUAGAACUGCCGUUGUACGCUAUGUCCCUCUUGGCGUCGGCGUCGGCAUCGUUCCAUGGAACUUCCCCAUGUUGCUCGGCAUUGGAAAAGCGUAUCCUGCUAUGCUGGCCGGGAACACCUUCAUAUGGAAGCCCUCACCAUAUACUCCUUAUUCUGCCCUUAAGCUGGCAGAGAUUGGGGCCAAAGUCUUGCCCCCUGGCGUAUUCCAGGCUCUGAGCGGUGGUGACGAUCUUGGCCCUAUGCUGACGGCACAUCCUGAUGUAGCCAAAAUUAUGGCGGCCUGUGCUUCAACUUUGAAGCGGGUCACUCUUGAGUUGGGCGGGAACGAUGCUGCGAUCAUCUGUGAAGAUGUUGAUAUCCCUGUAGUUGCAGGAAAGGUCGCAUUUCUGGCCUAUGUCCACUGUGGGCAAAUCUGCAUGAACAUCAAGCGCAUAUAUGUGCAUGAGAGCAUCUAUGACAAGUUCCUUUCUGAAGUAGUCAAGUUCCUGGAUAGUCUCAGAAUUGGCGACUUCUCCGAUCCUCAAGCCUUCUUUGGACCUAUACAGAACAAGACGCAGUAUGAGAAACUCCAACGUCUCUAUGAACAGAUUGACAAGCAAGGAUGGAAGCGUGCAUUUGGUAGCACAUCAACUGCAAGAUCAGGUAAAGGCUACUUCAUGCCACCUGUUCUUAUUGACAACCCACCCGAGGACUCGGAAGUCGUGCAAGCUGAACCCUUUGGUCCAAUCGUCCCAGUCAUGAAGUGGCAGUCAGAAGAUGACGUUAUUAGGUGUGUCAAUGCAUCGGUGUUUGGUCUCGGAGCCUCCGUCUGGAGUAGAGACGUGACUCGUGCUCGAAGAAUGGCUGAACAGUUGGAGGCUGGAAGUAUUUGGGUCAACACACAUUUCGAGGUUGCGCCUAAUGUUCCCUUUGGUGGGCAUAAGCAGAGCGGUAUUGGCAUGGAUUGGGGAGAGGUCGGUCUUAAAGGCUGGUGCAAUCCUCAGGCUUACUGGGUGAAGCAUUCUGGAUGA